AUGGGUCCCGAUGUCAGACAGUUUGUGUUAGCCUGUCAGGUUUGUGCCCGUAAUAAGGCCUCUCAUCAAGCCCCUAUUGGUCUGCUUAAACCGUUACCCAUUCCCUCUCGCCCUUGGUCUCAUAUCGCCAUUGAUUUUGUGACCAAUUUGCCUAAUUCUAAGGGAAACACUGUUGUUUUGACCAUUGUUGACCGCUUCUCCAAGGUGGCUCACUUUGUCCCUUUGCCCAAGCUUCCCACUGCCAAGGAAAACGCCCAGGCGACCAUGGGGUUUCAGCCUCCUUUGUUCCCAUCCCAAGAACCUGAUGCGGUGGUUCCGUCUGCGCUGGCUUUCGUCCGUUGUUGCAAACGUACCUGGAGGAAAGCUAGAUUUACAUUAUGCCAGGUAUCCAGACGAACCAAAGCCGCGGCCGACCGUCACCGUAGACCCGCGCCCCGUUUUAUCUGUGGGCAGAAAGUAUGGCUUUCGUCCAAGGAUCUACCUCUCCAUGAGCCCUCUCGCAAGCUGGCUCCAUGGUUCCUUGGGCCAUACAGCAUAGUUAAGGUUAUCAAUCCCGUGAUGGUCAGGCUCAGAUUGCCCCCAGCUCUCGGUCGGGUUCAUCCUGUAUUCCAUGUGUCCAAGCUUAAACCUGUUUAUUUUUCCCACUUUAAUCCUGUUCCCUCUGCCCCCACCCCUCCCACCCCUCAGCUUGUUUAUGGCGCUCCCGUUUACAUGGUUAAAUCUUUAUUGGAUGUGCUUCGCCGGGGCAGGGGAUUUCAAUAUCUUGUAGACUGGGAGGGCUAUGGUCCGGAGGAGAGGUGUUGGGUACUGGCCUGGGACAUCCUGGACCCUGGGCUGAUAGAGGAUCUCCGCCAGCGAGGGGUUCCACACGUGCGCGCCUCCCACCUGUUGAUCUCAUUAUCUCCGACUCUUCUUACCAGCGUCACACACCUGAAUUCAAUUAUUUGCCCAAUCCGAUUCCCCGUUCCUUUAUACUCUCUAGUGGAUUUAUACCCUGUCAUCGCCUUCUCGCUGCUGGAUUGUGUAUCAUCUCUGAUCUCUCGCUCACUCGGCAGAAGUGACACAGCCGAGUUUUGCGCUCUCACUCUGCACUCUCUCACCAUCCACCACCACCUCACGGACUUUCCCAUUGGCUUAUGGAACUGCCAACCUGCGGUAAACAAAGCUGAUUUCAUUACUGCUAUUGCUUGACAUUCUGGCCUUUGUUUUGCACUUACUGAGACCUGGAUUAAACCAGAGGACACUGCUACUCCGGCUGCCCUCUCCAACAACUACACCUUCUCCCACAGUCCUCGCACAACAGGAAGGGGUGGAGGGACCGGUCUGCUCAUUCCAAAAGACUGGAAAUUCCAACAGCAAACACCUUCAUGUGACAGCAGCUCUUUCGAGUCGCAUGUUGUUAGUAUCAUCCACCCUAUUAAAAUCAAUUUUUUUGUUAACUAACGCCCCCAAGGUCAACUUGGACACUUCUUGGAGGAGUUGGAUGUACUUCUGUCUUAAUUCCCAAAGGACGGUACUCCUUUAGUAGUACUUGGUGACUUCAAGAUCCAUCUUGAGAAACCACAGGCAGCGGAGUUCAACACCCUGACUGCGUUGUUUGACUUCAAGUGAGUCCCAACUUCACCUACCCACAGGUCAAGUAAUCUUUUAGAUCUUAUCUACACUCGCUGCUGUUCCACUUACCACAUUCAGGUCACCCCACUACACACAUUCGAUCACUUCCUCCUCACUCUUGAGCUUGACCUAACUCCCCCACUCACUGCACACCCUCCCCCAUUGGUCACGUUCCGGGGCAACCUGCGCACGCUCUCUCCCUCCCGCUUAUCUUCUGUGGUCUCUUCCACACUCCCCCCUCCCAACCAACUCUCUCUGUUAGAUACAAAUAAUGCAACCGACACUCUAUGCUCCACUCUUACAUCCUGCUUAGACAGUUUAUGCCCUCUGACAUCUGUACCGGCCCGGCCUACUCCAUCUGCCCCUUGGCUAUCUGAGGUUCUCUGUGAGCAUUGCUCCAGACAGAGGAAGUGGCGCAAAUCGAAAGAUCCUGCUGACCUCUGUCUCUAUCAGUCUCUUCUUGCCUCCUUCUCCAUGGAUGUCUCUUCUGCUAAGACCCAAUACUAUCACUCUAAAAUCAACACCUCACAUAACUCUCGCACUCUCUUCAGGACCUUCUCCAAUCUUCUUUGUCCACGCCCCACACCUUUAUCUGAAUUAACAGCUGAUGAUUUUACUUCCUUCUUUGUGAAGAGAACGAAUACUAUCAGCAGUCAGUUCUCCGAGCUGCCGCUUCUUGCACAUGCUCAAACUUCUGAGGCAUGCUCGCUUCCCUCCUUCUCUCUCCUGUCUGAAGCAGAUGUUUCCAGGGUCUUUGCUUCUAACCAUCCGACUACCUGCCUGCUAGAUCCCAUACCCACCCAUUUCCUUCAGGCCAUCUCUCCAUUGGUUAUCCCUGCUCUCACCCACAUUAUCAAUUCAUCUCUUUUCACUGGUACCUUCCAUGCAGCAUUUAAAGAUGUCCGGAUAACCCCGCUGCUGAAGAAACCCACACUCAAUCCUGCUAUGCUAGAGAACUACAGACCCAUUUCCCUUCUUCCCUUCAUUGCCAAGAAUCUUUAACGUGUGGUGUCUGACCAGCUCUCCUCUUUCUUCACACAAAAUAACCUCCUGGAUAGCAAUCAGUCUGACACAGCACUUCUAUGGUUCAAGUUAUACCUCUCAGGUAGGUCAUCUCGGGUAUCCUGGAGAGGUGACGUCUCCGAAUGUCUCGAUACCGGGGUGCCUCAAGGCUCUGUGCUUGGACCACUGCUCUUUUUGAUAUACAUAACAUUCCUUGGUUCUGUCAUUUGAAAACAUGGCUUUUCCUACCACUGCUACGUGGAAGACACUCAACUCCACUUGUCGUUCCACCCUGAUGAUCCCACGGUUUCUGCCCGCAUCUCAGCAUGCCUGAGGGACAUCUCACUCUGGAUAAAGGAUCACCAUCUUCAGCUUAACCUUGCAAAGACAGAACUGCUUGUCAUAUCAUCUGAACCAAAGAUUCAGCACAACCUUUUCAUUCAGAUAGAUUCCUCGACCAUCACUCCUUAGGGAGUAGUUAUUGAUGAUCAGCUUAGCUUCACUGAGCAUGCCAGCACCGCUCGCUCUUGUAGAUUCAUCCUCUACAAUAUUAGGAAAAUUAGACCUUUCCUAAAUGAGCAUGUUAUGCAGGUCCAAUUCCAAGCUCUUGUCCUGUCCAGGCUGGACUACUGCAAUGCGCUACUGGCUGGACUUCCAGCCUGCACAACCAGACCACUACAGAUGAUUCAGAACGCAGUGGCAAGAGGGGUCUUCAAUGAGUUUCACAUCACUCCUCUCUUUGUCAAGUUACACUGGCUUCCUAUUGCAGCUCGCAUCAAAUUUAAAGCUCUGCUCCUGGCCUUUAAAACCUCCAACUUACUUUCACUUACUUAUACAGCCUUAUGUACCAUCUUGAUCCCUGCGCUCUGUCACCAAGCGACGGCUUGUGGUGCAUCUCAAAAAAGGGAAAAAACAUUAGCGCAUACCUUCUCAGGAGCUGUUCCACAACUGUGGAAUGAUCUGCCGGUCACGACACAAACUGCUGACUUUGUAGCUGUCUUUAAGAAUCAGCUAAAAACCCAUCCUUCCGCCAUUACCUCAAUUCCUAAUAUAUGA